UGACUGAUAACUGUCACUGUGUUUGUGACUAUUGGCUUGAAAAUAUAGGUUAUAUUUAUAAUAUUUACUGAGUUAUCGCUAGCUAAAACGAUGAAUAAACAGAAAAAAUAAAAGUCCGUUUGUUCUGAUAUAUAAGGUGUUUGAAAUGAGUAUAAUAAUAGUUGUUAAUAACUUUUUGCUUCCUUGUCGGUGUAGGUAGCAAACCAGAGUUUAGUAUUAGUUAUUGACGAAUGAUUGUAUUUUAAAGUGUAUUUUGUAAAGAUUGUCGCCGAAAUGAAUGCCCGAGGCCUGUCUAAGAAGGAGCUAGAAGAAUUGAAGAAGAAGGAGGAGGAGGAAGCUGCAGCUCAUGUAUUCAAAGAGUUUGUAGAGACAUUCCAGGAGGCACCUAGCACCACCAGCAAGGUUUGGGUCAAAGCUGGUACCUAUGAUGCUGGGGCAAGAAAGGAAGACACAUCAGAAAGAGGCAAGCUUUACAAGCCAGUGUCUCGUCUGGAUGAGAAAAGGACUAUAUCAGACUCUGAUGUUGUCCGUAACCUUGUACAAAGACCAGAGCCUCCUGGCCGGCCGCAUCCUAAGAAAAAAGGACAGGACAAGAAGAAAAGCAACUUGGAACUGUUUAAAGAAGAACUUAGACAGAUUCAAGAGGAGAGAUCUGAGCGCCACAAGUAUAAGAAUGUGUUGCGAGAGCGCGGCGUGGUCGGUGUCGAGCCCUCCCUCGAUGUGAUCCCGGACGUCGGCUCGUACGACACCGGCGACCCCAAUACUACCAACUUGUAUUUAGGCAACCUUAAUCCUAAGAUAACUGAACAACAACUGAUGGAGAUAUUCGGUCGAUACGGUCCGUUAGCUAGUAUUAAGAUCAUGUGGCCGCGCUCGGACGAGGAGAAGGCUCGCGGCCGCAACUGCGGCUUCGUUGCCUUCAUGUCGAGGAAGGACGGCGAGAGGGCGCUGCGGUGUAUUAAUGGCAAAGAGAUAAUGAACUACGAGAUGAAGUUGGGCUGGGGUAAGGCUGUGGUGAUACCUCCCGUGCCUAUCUACAUCCCGCCCGCCCUGCAGCAGCCCAGCAAACCACCGCCGCCUUCAGGCUUGCCCUUUAACGCACAGCCCCCAAAACAUUUAGCUAAUAAGAUUCCCCGCAUUCGACCCGGAGAGUACUACCCAAGUGAUCCCGAAGACAGAAAACUCUAUGAACAGAUCCUGUCUCAAUCCAUAGUUAAAGUCGUCGUUCCUACAGAAAGAAACAUCCUUAUGCUAAUUCACCGCAUGGUGGAGUUCGUGAUCCGAGAAGGUCCGAUGUUUGAAGCCAUCAUCAUGAACAAGGAGAUCAAUAACCCGUUCUUCCGGUUCCUCUUCGAGAACCAGUCUCCGGCGCACGUCUAUUAUAGGUGGAAGCUGUUCUCUAUGCUGCAAGGAGAUUCGCCUAAGCAAUGGUCGCUAGAUGACUUUCGGAUGUUCAAAGGCGGUUCGGUAUGGCGACCGCCAGUUAUGAAUCUGUAUACCGCUGGUAUGCCAGAUGAACUGGUUGAGGAAGAAGACGCCAAGGAGAACAUACGAGGAACUCUAUCCAACAACCAGCGCGACCGGCUGGAGGAGCUGAUCCGCGGGCUGUCGGCGUCGCGCGGCAGCGUGGGCGCCGCCAUGGCGUGGUGCCUGGAGCACGCGGAGGCGGCGGGCGAGGUGGCGGGCUGCCUGGCCGAGGCGCUGGCGGGCGCCGCCACGCCGCCGCCGCGCCGCGUGGCGCGCCUCUACCUGCUGUCCGACAUCCUGCACAACGCCGGCGCCAAGCUCACCAACGCCAGCGCCUACCGCAGCGCGUUCCAACAGCGGCUCACGGAGAUAAUGCGCAACUGUCACUUGGCGUGGACGCGUAUGACGUCACGGCUGCAGCAGGAGGGCUUCCGGGCGCGAGUGACGCGCAUCCUGCAGGCCUGGGCUGACUGGGCUGUGUAUCCGACUGACUUCUUGUUGCAUAUCAACGAUGUUUUCCUUGGACAUGAUAAGGAGUCAGACAGCAUGAGCGCCAGUCGCCUCGCAGAACUAUCCGGCGGCGGUGAGGAGGAGUCAGUGGGCGCCUCUCCGGCGCGCUCGUCUGCCUCCGAGGAGUCGUGGGACGGGGGCUCGCGCGGGCCGCUGGACGGCGCGGCGCUGCGCCGCCUGGCCGCCGAGCGCGCCAACCUGCUGCCCGCACACGCCGCGCACGCCAGGGGGGGCCGCGACACGCGCCAAGCCGACCUCAACGAUGAUAUCGAUGGCAUACCCGUGGAUGAGGACAUAGACGGCAUCCCGCUGGACGCGGAGGGAGGCGGGCGGCGCGGCGCGGGCGGGACCUUCGUGCCCUCGCGCUGGGAGAGCGUGGACACUGACGUCACUGAUGACGUCACGCCCGCGCCUGCCACCAGCACGCACAGCGACGACGACACGCCCGCGCCCAACACGCCGCUAUCCGCGCAGCAGCAUGACAGUGAGGAACAAUCUCUGAAGCGCGAGACUCUCCGCGAGAUCGAGGUCCGCGUGCUGAAGUACGCGGACGAGGUGGAGGCGGGCGUGAGGGCGCGGCGGGCGGGCCUCACCGCCGCGCAGCAGAUACAUCACUACAGGAGGAAACUUAUUAAGAAGGCGUUACGUGAGGCCAAAGAGGCUGUUGAGGAAGUGCGGGAGUCACCAGAGCUGCGGCGGCGGUCACCUGCUGAAGACGACACCUAUUCCACAAAAACCCAACAUGCUUUGCCUGAGCUGGGGCUCACACCCAGGACCUCGAGAUCCACAACCGCACUUGCUCCGGAGAGAACUUCGUCCAAGUCGAAAUCGAAGAAAUCCCGUGAGCCGUCACUGUCGCCGCCCCCGAAGAGAUCAAGAUAUAGUGACCGAAAGUCAAGAUCACGAUCAAGAUCGCGCGAAAGAGAACGCGAGCGCGAACGUUCUCGGGAGAGGGAGCGAGAGAGAGACAGGGAGCGCGAGCGAGACAGGGACAGGGAUAGGCGGCGACGAUCCCCGGCCACGCCCCCUUCUCACCACCACCGCAAGCACAGCAAGCACGCCAAAUAUAAGUACUGAUUGGAAAAGCAACAUGUACUGGACUGUGUAUUUAAGCAAAUAAAUUUUAUUAGUAUAA